AGACGCCUUCCGAGUGGUUCCCAGGGAGACGGCAACAGUCGCUCCGCCUCCCGAAGCGCGCCUCGCUGCUCAGGUCGCUGCUACGCGGGCUACGCUUACAGCUGCUUCUUGGAGGCCAUAUACGCUAUACACCCCCAGGUGCCGCAGCUGCAGCGGGGCUCAUCAACAGGUGUCGCAGGUGUUCUCGCACACGAUCCAUCACGGCUAUCCACGAAAUCUUCCUGAGGGGCAUGCAGCUGCUGGGGCUGCCGUCGUGGCUGCCCUGGGACAACAAGCCGCAGUGCCCGCCGCUGGUCACGCCGUCCGCCAUCGCCCCCGUCACCAUCCUGGACCUGGCGGCCUCCAACGACUUCUGGUACUGGGCGGCCGAGAUCCUUUCGCAUCGGGCGCUGUAUCUCCAGAUCGCCGUCGCCCUCGUGCUGGUGCUCCUGGUGCUGGGGCUGCUCAACAUCUGCUCCAUACAGGCCGAGCUGCUGCUCGGGAGGCGGAAGAAGCCGACCGAGAGCGCGCCUCUCCCCGACAGGCUGGCCGGCCUGGACACGCUGCCCUGCUUGCACUACCACAAGCACUGGGCCGAGGUGGUGGAGAGCAAGUUUGACUGGCGGUGCAAGAAGCUGGAGGACAAGUGGAACCGCGCGGCGCCGCUGCUCACCAACCUGGACGGGCGGCUGCGGCGCCUGGAGGGCGAGGCGGGCGACAGCCAGCACACGAACCCGGGCUACCCACCUCCGUACUCGCUCAUGAAGCGGCCCCAGUCACCGCGGCCGCGCAACCACGGCCUCGACAGCCUGCCCUCCUGCACCGAGUCCAUGUCCACCUCGGCGCCGCCCAGCGCCACGCCCAGCGCCACCCCCAGCGUCGAGGCGCCGCUGGCCUGCGUGCGCACAGUGGAGCGCCGCUCCUCGUCGCUGGACCUGCGCGAGGGCAUCGUCCAAGGCGGACGCGGGUGGCCGCGGCCUUGCCGUCGGGGCUGCCCGGGGCCGCGAGCAGAGCAGGCGCAGGGGCAGCACCUCGUGCUGGGCAGCAAGGAUCUGCAGCUUAAGUACGAGAGCCCGUCGUGGAGGACCUGCGCCGACCCACCGCUGCCGCCGCCGUCCUGGAUGACUGAGCUGCCGCUGCCGCUGCCGCCCCGGCCCAAGUCCUGCCCAGAAUCCAAGGGGCUGGCCGACCUCCACCAGACCAUCGACGAGAGUCAGAUGACGAUCGCCACCGAGGAGGAGCCCGCCGUGGGCGUGCUGGUGGGGAUCGACCCCCCACACAGCAAGUACGCCGCCUUCAGCCUGGACGGCGUGGACAGCGACAACACGUCCUCGCUGGACGCGGGCGGCCCGGACCCCGACGACGUGAGCCGCCAGAGCUACCAGAAGAGUCUGCAUCGCCUGAGCCGGCGGGAGCGCGAGGCCGAGAGGCGGGUGCGCUCGACGGUCGCGCCGAACGACAGCCUCCUCGACGGUGACCUGCUCCUCGGCAGCAAGUCCCCCGUGCUGGACGAGCUGCGCUCCUUCCGGGCCGGCCCGGGAGGCGUCUCCGGAGGCGUCCCCGGCGCCGGCGACACCAAGUCGGCGUACGACUCGGGCUGCAUGUCGGGCGAGAGCUCCAGCAAGGGCUAGCUCCAUAGCAGCUCCAGCAAGACAAGGCGCCGCGCGCCGCAACCUGACGUUCCUCCGCCGAGGAGAAACAAUAUAGCAUAUCCAGUACAAAAUUGGAUGCUUGAGCCGGCAACACGAAA